GAAUCGAAGGGCUUCACUUCAGCCUGGACACAAAGGCUAGCAGCGUACCGAGGCAGAAAUGCAGCCCGUGAUUUUUUACGCAACACGAAGUUGCCAUUGGAGCCAGUCAAUGUGACCGUCAUUGCAACGAUGCCUAAUGGUAAAGAUGGUGAGAAGGUAGUACCGGUGAUUCUUCCACAUCAGCUGGUGCAGUAUUUGGUGUCAGAAUGCCACCUGCCGAUCAGUAACUGUCGCAUUUGCCAGUAUUGGUCUCAUUUAGAGGCGGUGCAAGACGCUCUGGCUUUGAGCACUCGCGGCUUCAGGCAAGCCGCCGGCUUGCCGGUAGUCCCACUUGGGAUUUAUGGGGACGAGGCGCAGAUAGGCCUUCAGAACAACCCGGUGAACCAGGUGCUGGGCAUGAGCUUAAACUUUCCGCUCUGGAGGCCAAAAUCGACACGUCUAGCACGGUUCACGAUGUUUAGCGUGGAUUCGGAGGAGGUGGCUUCGUUUCCAAAAACAAUUUUUCCGAUCCUUCGGUGCAUCACAGAGUCCCUCAACAGUUUGAGUUCGACGGGAUUGCAUGGCCGCCGUUAUCUCCUCACAGAGAUUCGUGGGGAUCAAGUGUUUGUUAGGAAGCUCUUCAAUCACCGAUCUUGGUGGGUUGCCAAAAAGAUAUGCUUUAGGUGCAAGGCCUGCACCGAUAUCCCGGAAUUGGACUACACUAUGUGUUACACAGUUGCAGAUGAGACUUCUGACCAGGACGUCAGUUGGCCUUUUGAAACUUUGAACCAAAACAUCGGGCAUUUGAUCAAAGGCCCGCUGCUGGAGCUUUCUUUCUUCGAAGUCUCCAUGCUCAAGCAUUGCACGCUACAUGUGCUGAAUCUCGGGCUACUCGGGAUAUCCAAUGGAUCAGCUUUGGGAAUGCUUUUGCAAAUGGAAUACUUUGGAUCCGUUGCGACGGGCUACGAAGAUGCCGUUGAGACAGCGUUUCUGGCUUUCACGACCUGGAGGAAGCGUGAGAAGAUUCCCUGCUCUCAAAAGCGGUUCAAAGUCAACUCCUUGAUCAGACCAACCACGUAUGGUUUCUACCUGAACGCUAAAGGCUAUAACAGCCGUGUCGUGUGCCAGUGGCUUCUGCACACGUUCAUCUAG